ACUGUAAGGCAAUGAACUCAUAAUUGAAUUACUAAAAUCGAACGAAUAAAAUGAGUGAAUAAGAAAUUUUAAUUUUGAUAUAUAGAAAUAAAGAAAAAAAUCUCAGUGUUUUUUUUCAAUUAUAAAUAAAAUAUAAUUUUAUGUUUAGCGGAUAUUAAUAAUUUGUAUUGUGUUUGUUGAUGUUCAUAUAUUGUUUUGUGUAUGUAGAUGAAUAUACAUACAUAUUAGUAAUUCUUUUGUAGCUACUUUCAUAUACUAAAUAGGUUAUUUGACAUAUGUCAGAUUUCUUAUACUGAAUUAGUGACUAAUUGGUAGAAUCGAGAAAGGGAUGAACCAAAUAAAAAGCGGUAUCAAGUAAUAAUAAAUCACGUGAAAAUGUGGUGGUAGUGAUGCGUUUAAAAGGGAAAAAUAAUACAAAAUCAUUUCAAAGCGUCUAUAAGGUGCUCUCGCGUAUAUGCCGAACUGCAGAUAAAGGACAACUUGAUGGUUUCAUGGCUGAUGGUGCAGUACCACCAAUAAAGAAUGGGCAUAAUUGUAAUAAUAUGGGUUUCGCAACACAACCAGUAAAACAAACUUCCGAUGUUUCUAAUACUGUUUAUGCUGUGGGGCAAUAUGCUCCAAAAGUUUUAAGGAAUUUAAAUGCCCAAAGACUAAAAAAUCAAUUUAGUGAUGUAGGCCUGGUUGCUGGUGGUAGUGUUAUUAGAGCACAUAGAUCAGUUCUUGCAGCAGGAAGUGCAUAUUUUAAUGCUAUGUUUACUGGUGGUUUGGUUGAAGAACAGCAGGAGUUAGUAGAAAUUCAUUCAGUAUCAGCUAAUAUUCUUUCUCUCUUGGUGGAUUUCAUUUAUACUGGGAAUGUUGAUAUUACCCAGGAUAAUGUUCAAGAAUUAUUUGCAGCUGCUGAUAUGUUAGAAUUAGAUGAAGUAGUAUUUGGUUGCAUUACUUAUUUGAAACAGCAACUGCAUUAUUCAAAUGCUCUUGGGAUUUAUAGAUUUGCAGAAGCACAUAACAGAUUAGAUCUUUCGGAGACUGCCCUACGCUUUAUACAAGUCAAUUUUCCUCAAGUGUCUCAAGAAGAAGAAUUUUUAGAUCUGCCGAAAGAACAUCUUGUUCAUUUUCUUAGUAGUGAUUAUAUUCAUAUUGAUACUGAAUUUCAGGUCUUCCAAGCAGCAUAUAACUGGAUUAUUCAUGAUAUACCAACAAGAAGAUGUUAUGUAUUUGAAAUAUUAAGUCAUAUACGUUUACGGUUGUGUUCAUUAGCAAGAUUGGAACGAGUUAUUUUGGAAUGUAAAGAUGCAAGUCUUAUUGUUGCAUUAAGAUCUAUACAAAAAGAUUUAGUAUCGAAUAAAGGAUGUCUUGUGCCUCUUCAUGCACAACCUAGACUUUGUGCUAAGAAAAAUAUUUUAGUGAUUGGUGGAUCUAGACGAGAACAUUCUGCAGACAGUUGGGGAAGAGCUGCUGAAAGUACUUAUGAAACAAUUGAAAAAUAUGAUAUAUUUACAGGUGAAUGGAGUGAAGUAGCACCAAUUGGUAUAGGUCGAAUACUACCAGGAGUCGCAUUAUUAGAUGGUAAAGUUUAUGUUGUUGGCGGAGAACUUGAAUCAUGUAUUAUCGCUAAUUGCGAAUGUUACGAUCCACGUGAUAAUGUAUGGACUUCGAUUGCUUGUAUGGAAGAACCUAGGUGUGAAUUUGGACUUUGUGCCUUGGAUAAUAGUUUAUAUGCAUUUGGUGGUUGGGUAGGUGAAGAUAUUGGUGGAUCAAUAGAAAUAUAUGAUCCAAUAACUAAUUCUUGGACACUUGAUGGACAACUUCCAGAACCUAGAUUUAGUAUGGGAGUAGUUGCUUAUGAAGGAUUAAUAUAUGUUGUUGGUGGUUGUACACAUAAUAGUAGACAUCGUCAAGAUGUAAUGAGUUAUAAUCCAGUAACAAGAGAAUGGACUCACUUAGCUCCAAUGCUCACUCCGCGUUCACAAAUGGGUAUCACUAUUCUUGAUGGAUAUAUUUAUGUUGUUGGUGGUACUAAUAAAAAUCAAGAAGUUCUGACGUCUGUUGAACGAUAUUCCUUUGAAAAGAAUAAAUGGAGUACUGUUGCAUCUAUGAAUAUGGGAAGAUCAUAUCCUGCAGUUGCAGCAGCCGAUAGUCGACUUUAUGUUAUAGGAGGUGAUCAAUCUCAGGAAAUUAAUUUUUUUCGAACGCAGAUUACAAUUUCUACCGUCGAAUGUUAUGAUCCUCAUUCAAAUAAAUGGCAUGAAUGUGCAUCAUUGCCGACGAGUAGAGGUGAAGCGGCGGCAAUUGUUGCACCUUUUUGAUUGAAAUUUUUGUUCGAUCAUAUCAACAUAAUCACGUGCAUUCCCUUUUAAAUUUCAUGAUAUUGAGCAUAUUAAAAAUUUCUUGAACGUAAAUAUAAAAUAAGAAA